AUGAUUGAAAAAGUAGAAUCUUUGAAAAACACUUCUUCCACCACCCUUGGCAUCUCUAAAGAACUCUGCGACGACGACGGCCGGCCACAACGAACCGGAACUGUAUGGACAACAAGUUCUCAUAUAAUAACAGCAGUGAUUGGAUCUGGAGUUUUAUCAUUAGCAUGGUCAAUAGCACAAUUAGGCUGGAUUGCUGGCCCUAUUAUUAUGAUCUUCUUUAGUCUUGUCACUUUGUAUACUUCAUAUUUUCUUGCAAAGUGUUAUCGUGCUGGGGACCCCAUUACUGGCAAGAGGAGCUACACUUACAUGGAAGCCAUUGGCAACAUCCUUGGAGGGAAAAAUGUUUAUUUUUGUGGGAUAAUACAAUAUGCAAAUCUUUAUGGAACUACAAUAGGAUAUACAAUUGGAGCCUCCCUUAGCAUGAUGGCAAUAACAAAGAUUCAUUGCAUAUACUCAUCUGAAGGAAAAGAUCCAUGUAUUAUUUAUGGCAACCGUUACUUAAUGGGGUUUGGAAUAAUCCAACUUGGUUUCUCUCAACUUCCUGAUUUUCAUAAUAUUUCAUGGCUCUCAAUACUUGCUGCAGUCAUGUCCUUCACAUAUUCCAUAAUUGGUCUUAUUCUUGGAAUUAUCAAAAUGGCAGAAAAUGGUACUGUAAUGGGUAACAUAGCAGGAGCUAAAGGAGAAUUACCGAUUGAUAAAGUGUGGGGGAUAUUUCUAGCUCUUGGAAACAUUGCCUUUGCAUAUUCAUAUUCUUUUAUUCUCAUUGAAAUUCAGGAUACCAUAAAAUCUCCUUUUGAACUAAAAACAAUGAUGUUUGCUACAAGAAUAAGCAUUGCAACAACAACAACAUUCUAUGUCUUAUGUGGAUGCAUAGGUUAUGGUGCAUUUGGAAACUCAGCACCAGGAAAUUUACUUACAGCAUUUGAUAAUCCAAUUUGGCUCAUUGACAUUGCAAAUUUAGCAUUAGUCAUUCACCUUGUGGGAGCAUACCAAGUUUAUUCUCAACCCCUCUUUGCAUUUGUUGAAGAACAUGCAUCUAAGAGAUGGCCAAGUCUUGAAACUGAACACAAGGUGGAAAUACCAUUUUUACCCUCUUUCAAGCUAAACAAAUUGAGGCUAGUUUGGAGAUCAUUUUUUGUUGUGGUAACAACUUUUAUAUCAAUGUUGGUUCCAUUCUUUAAUGACAUAAUGGGAGUGAUUGGAGCAUUAGGAUUUUGGCCCUUAACAGUUUAUUUCCCUGUGGAGAUGUACAUCAAACAAAUGAAAAUCCGAAAAUGGAGUGAGAAAUGGAUUGGUUUACAAUGUUUGAGUAUGUUUUGUCUCUUAGUAACACUUGCUGCUCUUGUUGGAUCAGUGGUUGGUGUCUUACUUGACCUUUCAAAAUUCAAGGCAUUCAGCUCACAAUUAUAG